CUCGCUUAUCUUUUAUUGGCGUGAGGACUGAACUGAUUGAUGGAUCAUCUCCUCUGUCUCUUUGCCUCUGCCAAUUUUGAAAGUUUCUUCUUUUGCAAUCUUCUUAGAGUUUGUUUUACCAUUGCAAAUUUAGCAGAUCCUUUAUGUACUCUGCUUCUUUCUGUCUGCUCAAGAGUUUCUGUAUUCGAUAUAAUUUUGGAAUGUUGUGCAAAGUUUUAAUCUUUGAGGUGAAGCAAAUUGAUCUGGUUUAAGAUUCAGUAUUGAGACGACGACGUAUUUAUUAAUUGCAUUGCAAGAAGAUGUCUAAGCAGAGGAAGAAAGCUGACUUAGCCACCGUUUUGCGCAAGUCAUGGUACCACUUAAGGCUCUCGGUGCGCCAUCCCACUCGGGUCCCGACUUGGGAUGCGAUUGUGCUCACAGCGGCUAGUCCUGAACAAGCGGAGCUCUACGACUGGCAGCUCCGGCGAGCGAAACGUAUGGGACGAAUAGCUAGCUCCACUGUCACUUUGGCCGUUCCUGAUCCAGAUGGCAAACGGAUCGGGUCUGGUGCUGCUACUCUCAACGCCAUUUAUGCUCUCGCUCGUCAUUAUGAGAAAUUGGGUUUUGAUCUUGGUCCCGAGGUAAACAUUGUGUUGACAGGUUAGACUAUUCAUAAUUUGACCUCACUGUAUCUCUUGCUUGAGUUGAUAUCUGAAUCAUUACGGUAGUUGGUUUUGUUGAUUAACUUUGUUAAUUUGAUGAAUCUGGGAUGUGCAAUAAACUACAUCUGUUUAUAUAGCAGUGUGGUGUGAUUUGAUGUUGUAUGUUAAUAAUCAACAGAUGGAAGUUGCGAAUGGUGCUUGCAAAUGGGUUAGAUUCAUCUCUGCAAAGCAUGUAUUGAUGCUUCAUGCUGGAGGUGACUCCAAAAGGGUUCCAUGGGCAAAUCCUAUGGGCAAAGUAUUCCUCCCACUUCCUUAUCUUGCAGCUGAUGACCCUGAUGGUCCUGUUCCUCUCCUUUUUGAUCAUAUUCUUGCUAUCGCUUCAUGUGCAAGACAAGCUUUCCAAGACCAAGGUGAUAUCCUUUUUUUAGCUAUGUAAAACAUACAACGGAUGCUGAUUUUUGAAUUUUAUUUGUGAAGGUGGAUUAUUUAUUAUGACUGGAGACGUCCUUCCUUGUUUUGAUGCUUUUAAAAUGACUCUCCCUGAAGACGCAGCUUCCAUAGUUACUGUGCCUAUUACUCUCGAUAUUGCCUCCAACCAUGGUGUUAUUGUCACAUCAAAAUCUGAGUCACUUGCUGAAAGCUAUACAGUUAGUUUAGUCAAUGAUCUUCUGCAGAAGCCUACAGUAGAGGAUCUUGUCAAGAAAGAUGCAAUUUUACAUGAUGGACGGACACUCCUUGACACUGGGAUAAUAUCUGCUAGGGGCAGAGCAUGGUCGGACCUGGUCGCUCUUGGAUGCUCGUGCCAACCCAUGAUCUUAGAGCUUAUAGGUAGUAAGAAAGAGAUGAGUUUGUAUGAAGAUUUGGUGGCUGCUUGGGUUCCUUCAAGGCAUGAUUGGCUGCGAACCAGACCUUUGGGUGAACUUCUUGUUAACAGUCUGGGGAGGCAAAAGAUGUACAGCUACUGCACCUAUGAUUUGCAGUUUUUGCAUUUUGGAACAUCAAGUGAGGUAUUGGAUCAUUUAAGCGGGGAUGCUUCAGGAAUUGUUGGUCGGAGACACUUAUGUUCCAUCCCUGCAACUACGGUUUCUGAUAUUGCAGCAUCUUCCGUUAUUUUGUCUAGUGAAAUUGCACCUGGUGUCUCCAUUGGUGAAGAUUCACUUAUAUAUGAUUCAACAGUUUCUGGUGCUGUACAAAUUGGUUCUCAGUCCAUAGUUGUUGGUAUUCACAUCCCGAGCGAAGAUCUUGGAACUCCAGAGAGUUUCAGGUUCAUGCUUCCUGAUAGGCAUUGUCUUUGGGAGGUCCCACUAGUGGGACAUAAGGGAAGAGUGAUUGUGUAUUGUGGUCUCCAUGACAAUCCAAAGAACUCAAUUCAUAAAGAUGGAACUUUUUGCGGUAAACCCUUGGAGAAGGUAUUGUUUGAUCUUGGCAUUGAGGAAAGCGACCUCUGGAGCUCGUAUGUUGCACAAGAUAGAUGUUUGUGGAAUGCAAAACUGUUCCCGAUUCUUACGUAUAGUGAAAUGCUGAAGUUAGCGUCGUGGUUGAUGGGUUUAGAUGAUAGUAGAAACAAGGAGAAGAUUAAGUUGUGGAGAAGCUCACAACGUGUAAGCUUAGAAGAGUUGCAUGGAUCAAUCAACUUUCCUGAGAUGUGCAAUGGUUCCAGCAAUCAUCAAGCUGAUCUUGCGGGUGGAAUCGCUAAAGCAUGUAUGAACUAUGGUAUGCUUGGGCGUAAUUUGUCUCAGCUGUGCCAUGAGAUUUUACAGAAAGAGUCAUUAGGAUUGGAAAUAUGCAAGAAUUUUCUGGAUCAAUGUCCCAAAUUUCAGGAGCAGAACUCCAAAAUUCUUCCAAAGAGUCGAGCAUACCAGGUAGAAGUUGAUCUUCUUCGAGCAUGUGGGGAUGAAGCAAAAGCUAUAGAGUUGGAGCAUAAAGUAUGGGGAGCAGUUGCAGAAGAAACUGCUUCAGCUGUGAGAUAUGGUUUUAGAGAACAUCUGUUGGAAUCAAGUGGCAAGUCUCAUUCUGAGAAUCAUAUUUCUCAUCCGGAUCGAGUUUUUCAACCAAGAAGGACAAAAGUUGAACUACCAGUUCGGGUAGAUUUUGUAGGAGGUUGGAGUGAUACACCUCCAUGGAGCUUAGAGCGUGCAGGUUACGUCCUGAACAUGGCUAUAACCUUAGAAGGUUCACUUCCAAUUGGCACAAUCAUUGAAACAACAAAUCAGAUGGGAAUCUCAAUCCAAGACGACGCUGGAAACGAGCUACACAUCGAAGAUCCAAUAAGCAUUAAGACACCAUUUGAAGUCAAUGAUCCAUUCAGGCUUGUUAAAUCUGCUCUAUUGGUAACCGGCAUUGUCCAAGAAAAUUUUGUUGACUCCACAGGGUUAGCAAUAAAGACAUGGGCCAAUGUUCCUCGUGGCAGUGGUCUAGGAACCUCGAGCAUUCUAGCUGCAGCUGUUGUGAAAGGACUUCUCCAGAUAUCUAAUGGAGAUGAAAGCAAUGAAAACAUUGCAAGACUUGUCUUGGUUCUGGAGCAACUCAUGGGUACAGGAGGUGGCUGGCAAGAUCAGAUUGGUGGAUUAUAUCCAGGAAUCAAAUUCACUUCAAGUUUUCCAGGAAUCCCUAUGCGUCUUCAAGUUGUUCCUUUACUCGCCUCGCCACAGCUAAUUUCAGAGUUGGAGCAACGCCUCCUUGUUGUUUUCACGGGUCAAGUCAGGCUAGCUCAUCAAGUCCUACACAAGGUCGUUACAAGGUAUUUGCAAAGAGAUAAUCUCCUAAUUUCAAGCAUUAAGCGAUUGACGGAGCUGGCGAAAUCCGGUAGAGAAGCGUUGAUGAACUGUGAAGUUGACGAGGUAGGCGACAUAAUGUCAGAAGCUUGGAGACUGCAUCAAGAGCUGGAUCCGUAUUGCAGCAAUGAGUUUGUGGAUAAGCUUUUUGAGUUUUCGCAACCUUAUAGCUCAGGAUUCAAGCUGGUAGGUGCAGGUGGUGGUGGAUUCUCACUUAUAUUGGCUAAGGACGCAGAGAAAGCCAAGGAGUUAAGACAGAGAUUGGAAGAACAUGCAGAGUUUGAUGUCAAAGUUUACAACUGGAGCAUCUGUAUUUGAAAGAUACAUACAGUGUCAGUGUGUCAUCAUCUUGAUUCUUGUAAAUUGAUAUAUUUUUUUGGGACCUUUGGAAAAAAUAAAAGCAGAAGAAUCUUUCAGAUUUGCAAUUAAAAACGAUGUCGUGUGGUA